GCCGGGCCUUCGCCGGAAGAGGCUGGGCACCGCGAUGAGGCCAGUGGCGCCUCGUAGAGCGCCUUCUCGCGAGGGUCGCCUUCCUGGGGGCGGGUCCUCGCGACGCCUCUGUCCGGCUUCGCCCGGAGGCGCCGCCCGUCCGCUGGUGGCCGGGCCUGGGCCGCGGAUAUGGAUUCCGCGCUGGCGCGGCUGGUGGACGAGCUGACGACCUCGGGAGAGCCCCGGCUGGACGCCGCGAAGAUGCGCGCGCUCAAGAGGGAGUGCAGGGCAUCGGAGGAGCAGCUGGACUGCGCCUACCGCCUGCUGAUGGCCCAGCUCGGCCGGGCGCACGCCCAGGUCCGGCUAUCCACUUUCCAGGCCAUGGAGCAGCUCUUUGCCCGCUCCCACCACUUCCGUUCCCUGUUGGUGUCUGACUUCCAGGACUUCUUGGCGCUCACAUUGGGCACCGAGCACGCACGGCCCCUGCCGCCUCCCCGGGAGACAGCUCAGCGGCUGAAGCGGGCCACCCUGCAGGCUGUCCAAGGAUGGGUGGCCAAGUACGGCCCUGCCUACAAGAAGCUGGAGCUGGGCUUCCACUUCCUGCGGCACAAUAAGCAGGUGGAUUUCCAGGACGUGGAUGUGAGGACGCCGGCUGAGAGGAAGCGCGCAGAGGAAAAGCAAAAGCGUCUAGAGCGCAUCUACAAGGAGCGAGCAGAGCAGGCAGCUAAUGACAUGGAGGAGAUGUCGGAGGAGAUCAGGUGCUGCCUCACGGAGGUGGACAGCUGCUUCCGCCUGCUGGUGCCCUUUGAUCUGGCCGAAGCUUCCAGACAGUCUGGGGAGGGCACCCCAGCCCCAGAGGAAGAGGAGCAGCCGUGCUGCAGCAAGAGCCUGCCCCCCUGUGCCCCCUGUCCGCCUGUGGGGGCCCACCAGACAGCUUCAAAGCCAGCCUCAGAGGACAGUGAUGGGGACGAGGACGGAGAGGAAAACCCAGUUUUGGAGGAUGGGGACGGCGGCCUGAAUGGCUUUGUGCGGUGUCACGGGCUGGGCUCUUACAAGUACACGCUGCAGGUGGAGCUGUGUGCAGACAGUCUGCGGGUGCAGGAGGACGAGAACAACCAGGCCAUCGUCCACUCUGCCCGAGACGCACUCAAGCUCAUCCAGAACAAGUUCCUGCCAGCCGUGGGCUCCUGGGUACAGCUGUUCACCCGAGCAGGGGCCCGGGUCCCCUUGGAGGAUGCUAUCCGGCUGAAGGUGGAGCUGGAGGCCAUGCUGAGAAGGGGCCAGGAGCUGGCCAUCCAUCCCGAUGUGUCGAGUGGCAGGGAGGCAGCCUCCGAGGACGAGGAUGAGGACUUCGUGGAGGUCCCUGAGAAAGAGGGGUAUGAGCCCUGCAUCCCUGCCCACUUGCGGCCUGAAUAUGGCAGAGUGUCGCUGAGUGGCCUGGCAGCGGGAGCACCCCUCUCUACAGGGCUGGAGGCUGCGCAGGGCUCGCAGGUGAGAAAAGAUGAGGAGGCGCAGGACCCCACCUCCGCGGCUGCCCAGCCACACUCUCUCCGGGGCCGUGUGCUUCCUGGUGCCAGAGCUGCACGAGGCCCGCAAGAAGCAGGGAGCCUGGCAGGGGCACCAGUGCCCGUCGUACCCUUUGGGCUGGACCUGUGCUACUGGGGCCAAGAGCCACCAUCUUCGCGGGUCCUCAGGGCUGACCCUGAGCACCGCUUUUGGAGACCCCUGGAAAUGGAGGCAGAUGGGCAGGCGCAUGGGGAGCCGGAACCACGGGGCAGCCGUCACAUCACCUUUGCCGGCACCUUCCAGCCCGUCCAGCACCGCUGCCGUGCCCCCAAGCCCGACGGCCGGCUCUGUGAGCGCCAGGACAGGCUCAAGUGUCCAUUCCACGGCAAGAUCAUCCCCAGAGAUGAGGUGGGCCAGCCCCUGGACCCUGACGACCGGGCACGGGAGCAACAGCUGCAGGAGCAGAGGCAGGCAGGGCAGCCAGGCUGGAAGGACCCUGAGUUCCUGAGGGAUGUGGAGGCUGCCACAGGGGUGGACCUGGGCUCUGCGCACGGCCGGGGCCGUGGAAGAGGCCGGUGGAGGAAGCACCCAGGGCUGGCAGACCUGAAGUGCCAAGCCAACACCAGCCGCGCCCGCCUCGCCAAGAAGGUGUUGGCCAAGGCCUCUGUGCAGCGGGUGGCGGCCGCCAUGAACAAGAUAGACCAGAAGAAGCAUGAGAAGUUCCAGAACCAGUUCAACUAUGCACUCAAGUAGAGGCGGCCUGUCGUCCUGGGGUCCAGCCCUGCUGCCAGUGCAGGGGGUGUCCAGUGCAAGGGGGUGUCCAGGGCAGGGGUUUCCAGUGCAGGGGGUGUCCAUUGCAAGGGGUAUCCAGUUGCAGGGGGUGUCCUGUGCAAGGGACUGGCCAGGGCAAGGGGUGUCCAGUACAAUGGGUCAUCCAGUGCAAGGGUUUGUACAGUGCAGGGUUGUCCAGUCCAAAGGAGUGUCUAUGGUAGGAGGUGUCCAGGGUAGGGGGUGUCCAGGGCAGCCUGUCCUCAGCUUGCUCGUGGCUGUCCUCACACAGGGACCCUCCUUGCCCUUAAUGCACUUGGCAGGCACACCCCACUUGGCCCACAGGAAGCCCUGACCCAGCCUGGCCCUCGGCCCCCAGCCCCUGACUCUAGCCUGACUCCUAAAAGACCCUGUCCUCUCGCCUCCUGUGUGUGUGACCUACCCUCACCUCUUGUCCACUGUGUUCUCCAGUCCUCAGCUGGUGACUCCCAAGUGACAGUGUAGCCUUCUCAUUGGGUUUGUGCCCCAUUCCUAGCAGGGGAUUCGCAGCCCUGGCUUCUUGCUGCCCGUCUGCACGCACAGCCCGGCCGCCUUCCAAAGUGGACACAGGUCUCUGCUCCUCACCAGCAUUCGCCCUCUGGCCCUCAUGAUGUGUCAGGGCUGGGCGUUUGGGGCUGACUGCAUGUGCUCUGAUGCAGAACUGAGCAGACUUCACACCUUGUCUCUUUCCCACUGUGUCCUGGAGCCCAGGACCCUUGCCCUUGCGGUGGCCCGUGGCCCCUCUGCCUCUCUGCGUCUGUGGCGCAGCCUGACCCUGAGCCCUGGGGUGGCCUCUGUGUGUCCCCAAGAACCUCGGGGCUCUAGCUCUUGAAUCCCAUUCCCACAUUCCUGACUCAAUUCUGAUUUGAGUUUUAAUUAAAUUUCUUUUGUUGCUGA